GAUCUGAAAAUAUGGAAAACGGACAGCUCAAAACGACACCGUUUAGAGCUUCCAUCUUCAACAGAACAAAAUCGCGAGUGUACCCGUCAGAUCUCAGUCAAAACCCCAACUCCGAUCCGAGUCACAGAAAUGGCGACUCGACUGAUUCUCCACAUCACACUCGCCUCUCUCCUCCUCUUCUCUCUCCUCUCCACGCCCAUUCUCUCAUCCCCCGCCGCCGCCGACGACGACGACGAGGAUCUCAGCUUCCUCGAGGAACCCGAGUCCGGCGACACCGCAUCCGGCGACGACCACCACCACCACCACCACUCCGACGCCGAAUACUCCGACAACGAAGAAGAGGAAUUCGAUGACUUCGAUGUUCCCUCGGAUUUCAAUCAGCAAGACGAGGAGGAAGGUGAUGCCGCCAAUUUUGACGAGAAGGACGUCGUCGUUUUGAGUGGUGGUAAUUUCAGUGAUUUCGUCGAUGAGAAUAAGUAUGUCAUGGUGGAAUUUUACGCGCCGUGGUGCGGGCACUGCAAGGCACUGGCGCCGGAGUACGCAGCGGCCGCCACCGAGUUGAAGGCGGAGAAUGUGAAGCUCGCCAAGGUGGAAGCCACGGAGGAGAAUGAUCUGACGGAGAAGUAUGAAGUUCAGGGGUUUCCUACUCUGUUCUUCUUUGUUGAUGGGGUGCACAGACCUUACACUGGUCAACGAACCAGGGAUGCUAUUGUUACAUGGAUUAAGAAGAAAACUGGACCUGGUAUAUCUAACAUAACAACACAGAGGAUGCAGAGAGGGCCUGAGAGCGAAGAGUUUGCUGCUGCAUCAAAGCUUGACGAUGAUGUUAACUUUUACCAAACUGCAAAUCCCAAUGUGGCGAAGAUGUUUCACUUGGAAGCUAAUGUGAAACGCCCUGCUUUGGUCUUGCUAAAGAAAGAGGCAGAGAAAGUGGCCCAUUUUGAUGGAGAGUUCAAAAAGUCUGUAAUAGCUCAGUUUGUUUCUGCCAACAAGCUUCCUUUAGUGACCACUUUUACCCAAGAAAGUGCGUCACUGAUAUUUGAGAGCCCCAUUAAAAAGCAGAUUUUACUCUUUGCCCCAUCAAAUGAUUCACAAGAGGUUGUUCCAAUAUUUCAAGAAGCUGCAAAACUUUUCAAGGGAAAGCUUAUAUUUGUAUAUGUGGAUAUCGACAAUGAAGAAGUUGGAAAGCCAGUGGCGGAUUAUUUUGGAGUCACUGGAGAUGCUAUAAAAGUUUUGGGCUAUGCAGGAAAUGAUGAUACUAAGAAAUAUAUACUCGAUGGUGAAGUUACACUUGAGAAAGUCAAGGCAUUUGGGAAGGCUUUCGUGGAAGACAAGCUCAAACCUUUCUAUAAAUCAGAUCCAAUUCCCGAGAAUAAUGAUGGGGAUGUCAAAAUAAUCGUUGGAAAUAAUUUCGAUGAUAUUGUUUUGGAUGAGUCUAAAGACGUUCUUCUCGAGUUAUACGCACCAUGGUGUGGCCAUUGCCAAUCCCUCGAACCAACAUACAACAAGCUUGCCAAGCACUUGCGUGGCGUUGAAUCUCUCGUUAUAGCCAAAAUGGACGGAACCACAAACGAACACCCCAAAGCCAAGGCUGAUGGAUUCCCCACAAUUCUCUUCUUCCCAGCAGGAAAAAAGAGCGUCGAUCCCAUUUUGGUCGAUACUGACCGAACAGUAGUGGCAUUCUACAAGUUCAUCAAGAAACAUGCUUCGAUCCCUUUUAAGCUUCAGAAACCAGGUUCGGAUUCUCAAGCCGGAGAAGAAGAAGUCACUAAGACAUCCACUAAUGAUGUGAAAGAUGAGCUAUGAAGGUGAUUUGUAUUACUGCAAAUUGCUCUUUCUGUGAAUCUAUAGGCAGAUUGCUACUUACAGGUACUGAGACAGAGAUACAAGAAACGGAUAAUAUAGAUAUGAAGAGAAUCUAAUUUAUCUAUUUUUGUCUUUGUAUCAACUUUUUGAUUAAAAUCCCGAUUAACUCAUAAAAUAACAUAUAUUUCUUUCCAUAGUACUAUCAUUUUUAGUCUUGCUUAUUUUUGGAUCACCCAAGAUUACGGGAAAUUGGACGCGA